GGAUGAAAUCGAGUUGACUACACAGACUGAUUUACGACUACAAAGGUGUCGCCUUGUGUAGUGCUGCUUGAACUCGCACACACACACACACUCGAUUCGCUAUGAAUAGUGUUUCUUGGAGUGCUAUUGUACUUGUGGCGCUGUGGACGAUUACAUCGUAUGGGAAAGUGCCCUACUUUCAUGUGGUUCCGAGGGUCAUGAUAAUGUAUGAAAACGAUAGAGUCAUUUGGAAGUGUGAUGCUGCUGGUAGUCCACGUCCAACUAUAACAUGGAGACGUCACAACAAACCCUUAUUUGUGCAAAACAGUUUGUAUGUCAAAGAUUACUACGAGUGGAAACAGUUGAAAACCAGUAACACAGGAUGGUAUACAUGUGUGGCAACGAACACUGAAGCAGCUGUUUAUUCAGAUUUUUGGCUGGGAGUUGGACAUAUGUUGCUGUAUGGCUUUGUCUUUGAUUGUGUACAUAAAUUGUAUCGUUUCUACAGGCUUGCCAAUGAUAGACUUGGCUCCUUCUGACCUUAUCAGCAUCUUGGAUGGCAACACUGCAUUGUUUGCAUGCGAGACCACAAGCUAUCCUGUUGGCCAAGUUGAGUGGUUUCUGAAUGACAAGUUGUUGGACAUAUCACGUAGUUCUCGUCAUUCUCUUGUGUUUGGGUCAUGGCUUCAGAUCAACAAAGCAUCAAGAAAUGAUGUUGGAAGUUAUUAUUGCCGUUUCACGAGCACAGAGUCGAAGAGUUUUAACACGACCUCCUCUGCUGCCUUAUUGAAGUUGACAAUUGUCCAAGUUAUUAGUUCUCUAACAUCCGACUUGUCAUUAGCAGUUGGUGACAUUCUAAAAUUGACUUGCAAACCUGUAAACAGCAAGUCGGCUACUUUCAUGUGGCUUCAUAAUGGCAAUCAGAUUGAACGUAGAAGCACAUAUGAAAAGGCAAGAGUAGAGAUUGCAGACAGUGGUGUCUAUUGUUGCCAAGUUUAUGAUCAAGAAUUGUCAAGCACAGAACUGAGAUGUCUGUCUGUUUACGUUUAUGUUGUGCCUGUUGUUUCAACUAAUGAGCCAUCCGUUUAUGAUGUGGAAGAAGGUCGGGAUGUUACUCUGCAGUGCAGUACUAUGGUUGCUAAACCGUAUGUACGAUGGGAGUGGAGGGUUAAUGGGCAAAAAAUGAUUAAUCCUAGUCAAAGGAACUUCGGUCCAUUUACAACCAUUACUCUUAGAAAUGUGUCAAGCAGUGAUGGAUUGGAUAUCAAGACGUAUGAGUGUAUUGGAUAUCAAGACGUUUCUUUGAAGACAUUUGAACGAAAACUGAUUUUGUCAGUAGUUGCCAUGUGCAAGAUGAACAAAAUUCUAAAUUCUGAUGCAUCGCAACAGACACAGAACUGGACAUUGACUCAAGAAUCAAGUACUGGGCCGGGAGCACGAGUUCAAACAGUCGAUGAUGGUAAUGCUGUGUUUGUUAUUGAAACUGCUCCAAACUUUGCUACUGGAUCGUUUCAACAGACAGUUGCAUUUCCAAAAAAUGUUCACACCGUUGUUGCUCGUGCAAGGAUGAGAUGUUCUAGUGGUGCUUCUAGUGGUGGAUGCCCAUAUCUUCAGCUUCAGCUGUCUGGUGGCUUAAUUUUGAAACAUCAGAGUGCACAUAGUCUGACUGUUGUGUCAUCUACUUGGGCAUGGACAACUGUCUCUCUGAAUGUGACAUCAUCAAAACUAUUAUUUCCAAGACUUUCUCGAGUAUCAGUUUUGCUAUUGGUAAAACCUUUAACUGGAGUUGUAGGGAGAAGAGCAUACUUUGAUGACAUUUGUGUCACAUGGAAGACAGACUCUGGAUUGUCCGAGCAGCCUACUACUUCAUCAUCAUCACACGGAUCAUCUACCACAAAUAAACAGGGACAUGUACCAUAUAGUUCGCAGAGUCUGGCAUACACGGUACGCACAGGAACAGCUGGGGCAGGUGUGUUAACUGCAUCAACCUUGGCCAUGCACACAGGUACAUCAGGUACAAGAUCAGUUGCCUCUGCUGCAACUGCUGGAGGCAGUGGCCAGUCUGACAAAGGAUCGAAUGGUUCGGGUGUAAGCACAACAAUUUGGAUUGUAAUUGGCUGUUGUUCUGCUGUUGUGAUUAUCACAGUCAUUGUUCUUGUUGUUUGUGUCUGGAAGAGAAAACAUAAUCAAGCAGCAAACAUUCAAGUUCGGUACACUUCAAAGUACAAUCCAUAUGAAACCAGAAUGAAGGGAGAUGACCUUGUGCCUAAUAAAUUAUACGGUGACCAUCAAGACAAUACAAAGGACAGUCGUUUGGUUGAGAAUGUUUUGUAUGGUGAGGAGAUUGAAAGCAAUUCAAAUGCUGAUUCAGGGAGACUUUGUUCCAAUACCGUAAACUCUGAAGAGUACACAUACAUUGUGAGUAAGGGACCUGGUGAAACUAAACCUCUUUCUGUUGGCUACAAAAAUCCAUCAUUUGAUCAAAAAUCUCCGACAGCUUUUUCUGGUAACACAGAGUCAGUCUAUUAUGAGUCUGCUGUUCCGGACAGUACAGUUGUCAUGAAGGAAAGGAAGGAGAAGACAAGGGAUGAUGAGGUUGCUCAGACAGCUACAACUGGUGAUUUGAAUUAUGCAAGUUUGGAUGGGAGUCAUGCUAGAGUAGGGACUACACAUGACUCUACAGAAGGCAAUUACUACUAAUCUUUGAAAUGGUGCAUCGCAUGAAUAUUUUGUGAAAUGAGUCUGGAAACUUGUUUGCCAUGCAAGUAUUUAGAUGGCACGAUUGGAUUUUAUAUUAUUUUCAGAUAUGAUUUUCUAUUUGCAUAGCUUGUAGCACAGUUGAUUCUUGUUUUGUAUUUAGAUAUGACUUUUGUAUGUGUAGCUUGUAGCACAGCUAGUACAGAGCUUUCUCUUUUGUUUAAAAAGUUGUCUGUUUUCACUA